UUCGCCAAAGUGGGUAUGAACCCCCACUUUCUCUCUCUGUCCCCUUCUCUCUCGCUCACAUUCCCAUCCAAAAAACACUGGAAAAAGCCAACAUCCAAACAACUCACUAAACAAAUAGAAAAGAUGGUGAGUUGAUUACAAACAAUCUCAACUCAACACCCCAAUUUCUAUAUCACCCAUCUCUUUCUCUCCCACACAUCUCUCAGCCUCUUUUCCUUUCUUAACACUUCUUCCUCUUUAUACUCUGUUUGCUUGGCUCAUCUUUAUCUUCCAAUUCUCUCCUACUCGGAAUUCAAUUCCACUUUCGUUCAUGGGCACGUCGGAUUGUGACCUAUCUCUCUGUCAAAAAGAUCUGAAUUCCAUGGAAUUCAAUUCUCUAUCAAAACCCAAGUCGGAAUUCCAAGAUGGAGAGCUUCUUCAAGAACAAAAACAACAAGAACAAGAAGAGAAAGGUAAGACCAUCUUAGUUUCUUCUCUGACAAUCAAGACACGGUCUCUCGGAGAAUUUAAGGUCUCUGAUGAUGACAACGAUGGAGGAGGGUUCAGAACUCCAACAUCUUUGGAUCAAAGAAUCCCAGUGAUCACACAGUGCCCACCAGCACCAAGAAAGCCCAAGAAAACACUGUCAUUGACGACGAAGAGAAAAGCCGCUUCGAGACGACUCAUGCUUGACCUAUCUACUGAGAUUGAUUCUUUUCUUGCAGAUCUUGAUGGUAAGAUCAAGAAAGUUAGAAAAGUUGUAAAUGGCAACAAAUGAUUUUUAUUUAUUUAUGGUGGUGGAAUGGAAACAAAUGAUUUUAUCGUUUAUAUUAUUAUGUCAAGCAAAUUAUGGGUUUAUUUAUUUAUUAUAUUUUUUAAUUGGGAAGAGAGCAUAAUACGAGGGUUGAGUGGAUAUAUUUCCACCAACAAACCUAAUGUGAUUAGUGCCACUGCCAAGUUCUUCAAAAUGUCCAGAGUUCAUUUUUCAGUUCUAUUUUAUUUUCUUUCUUGGCUCAAGAGAAGAGACCAAGAUCUUGUUUGUUUGGGCUCAAGAUCCACAUCUGAUUUCCUAAUCUAUAAGGAAAAACAAUUCACAAA